GAUUAAUUGCGAAAAAAAAAUUGCGUUCAAGAAAAAUGGAUGGGAACGGGAGGCGUGUGGUCAUCAUCUCUGAACGAGAAACGAAAAGUACGUCGGACACGUGAACGGAAAUGUCGAUCCAAUGCGAGCAAUUCAUUUGCGUCAAUACCCAACAAUCCAGGCUUUUAUGGCCCCAGUAACCAGCACGUCCGAUACGAAGAACGAGAGUAUGAUUUUGGUGCUGCGACUGCAAGCAACUCUCGUCAGAACCAGUCAGCGAACAAUUACCAUCCGCCCAUUCAUGGAGGUCCCAGCAACCAGCACAAUCUAUAAGAAGGACGAAUUAAUUAUGGCUGUGGCAGUCCGGCGUCUCCCAACGCAAUUUCGCCUGGCUGGAUCAAAUUAUAAUGAAGCGACGGGUGGAGGAGCAUGUCAUCAGACUACUUCAGGUGAAACCUCUGACGAGAAUUCUAAAAGCGAAGCACUCAUUGAUGACACUUCAAAGAUUGAGUAUGCCAAAUUAAAGAAACGCAUCGUAGAUGCUUAUAAGGGAAAAACACCAACACUUUUUUCAGAGAACUCAGCUCUUUUUUAUAAAGAUGACUGGCUACAGGUUUUUUACAUUUGUUCGAACGGCUUGAAAUUGUACCAAAGUAAGAUGUUUUGCCCGAUUUGUUUCAAAAGUUUGACCCCACAAAACCGACAUGAUGCUAGAACCGUACCUCAAUGGGAUGUGAACGGAGUAAAACUUCACCUGGAGAAACUUCAUUCCGAAAACGUAAUUGUUGGUGAAGGUGAGACCAUAAAUGCUAUUUUCAUUAUAUUUUCCAUUGCACUUACAUUACGGAACAAGACAAAAUAUUAA